AUGGGUAGUUCAAGUUCAUCUACAUCAUCUUCAACAUCGGAUGAUCCUGAUUGUUAUAUACAUAAUAAAAUGAUCCGACAACAAUGUUUACAACCUCAUUCUAAUCAGGAAUAUAUAAUUCCAAAACCAUAUUUUGAUGGUAAUAAUAAUAAUACUGAAACAAAUCGUUCAUCAACACAACAACCAGUGACAUAUACUGACAAAACUCAAAUUGAAUGUGAUUGCCAAGGAAAUGUUGUUGAAUGUGAUGAAAAUGGACGAAUAAUACGUGUUAUUAAAUCUAAUAAUCGAUAA